GCUCGGUCGCACUCGUUCUAAGCUCGGCGGCACGUGCCCCUCCAAUCGACACUAUCAGUACGCACUUAUUUUAACCAAACCCAAUUCCUAUGUGAGUGUUUUGUGCUCGCGAGUGCAUUACUAGUGCAUCAGAAAGAUAUAUUUAAACCCCGAGACUAUGCAUCUUAAAUCGAUCCUAUCAAAUCUACUGUUCUUUUGCGCCGUCUCUUUGAGGCUCAAACCAAUAUUUGCGGAAUGUGAGAACUCCCAGUUUGAGUGCGACAACGGCAGCUGCAUAUCGCAGUUUGAUGUCUGCAAUGGCGACAAGAACUGCCCGGAUGGCUCUGAUGAGACGGCCCUGACUUGCGUCUCCCAGAGGAGGCACUGCUCCAAGCCCUACUUCCAGUGCACCUACGGGGCAUGUGUGAUCGGGACGGCGGCCUGCAAUAAAAUAAAUGAAUGCGCCGAUGGCUCGGACGAAACCAAGUUGCGUUGUGGAAACGAGGACGAUAUACGGCAGCACGAUCGGCUUCUUCAGGGAAAUUGCCAGGAUAAUGAGUUCAAGUGUCCCUCCGGAAUUUGCCUGGACAAGGGGAAAUUCCUGUGCGAUGGCAAGGACGACUGUGCGGAUGGCUUCGACGAGUCGGUGAAUCUGUGCGGUCACAUGGAGUGUCCGGCGUACUCCUUCAAGUGCGGGACGGGUGGCUGCAUCUCGGGAACCCUGUCCUGCAACGGGGCGAACGACUGCUUCGAUGGUUCGGACGAGGCCCCGUUGCUCUGUAACACGACCAAGAAGGUGACCACUCCCGCCGUGGUUGAGACUCCGCUGGAGCUGGUGGGCUGCCCCCUGCCCUUGAGCGACGAACGGCCCAUCGUGACGGGCGCUGGCAGCCGCAUCCUGACCGGACCCAUUACCCGCGGAACCGUGCGCUUCUCCUGCAAGCAGGGCUUUGUGCUGGAGGGCGAGGAGACCAGCUACUGCGCCAACACUAAAUGGGGUACUUCUACGAUCCCGAAAUGCGUGAAAUACUGCAGCAGCUCCGGCGAGUUCGAUGGGUACUCCACCAAGGCGCUGUGCACCCACAACGGGCAGCAGGUGGACUGCCGCAAGCCGUUCCAUCCGCCCGGCACCGAGGUGAAGUUCGUCUGCGCCACCGGGUUUAAGACUCUGAGCAGCCUGCCGGAAAUGAGGUGCAUGAAGGGCGGCUACUGGAACCGCGGACGUCAGCGGUGCGAGCAGGACUGCGGCCAGAUAGCCACGCCCACCAAGAGCUUCUCGGCCAACGGCUAUACGAUCAACAACACGGUGGUGCCCUGGCAUGUGGGCCUGUACGUGUGGCACAACGAGAAGGACUACCACUUCCAGUGCGGAGGAUCGCUGCUCACCCCAGACCUCGUCAUCACGGCCGCCCAUUGCGUAUACGACGAGGGCACCCGGCUGGCCUACAGCUACGACACAUUCCGGGUGAUUGCGGCCAAGUUCUACCGCAACUACGGGGAGACCACGCCGGAUGACAAGCAGCGAGAUGUGAGGCUCAUCGAAAUAGCGCCUGACUACAAGGGUCGAACGGAGAACUACUACCAGGAUCUGGCCCUGCUGACACUCGACGAACCCUUCGAGCUGAGCCACGUGAUCCGGCCCAUUUGUGUGAGCUUCGAGAGCUUCGCGGAGAAGGAGAGCGUCACGGAUGGGGUGGAGGGCCAGUUCGCGGGAUGGAGCAUCGAGAACAAGCACGAGCUGCAAUUCGUGCCGGCUGUGUCCAAGUCGAACUCCGUGUGCCGGCCGAAACUGCGCGACAUCCAGUCGGACAAGUUCUGCAUCUUCACGCAGGGCAAAUCGCUGGCCUGCCAGGGCGACAGUGGCGGAGGAUUCACCGGCAAGCGCGAGACCGAUGCCAACUCCGCCCGGAAAAUCCAACGCCACUUCCUCUACGGGGUGAUCAGCAACGCGCCCAACGCAGACCAGUGCGCCCACAGCCUGACCGUGAUGACCAACAUCCAGUACUUCGAGGACAUGAUCCUGAACGCGAUGCACAGAAGCGUGGAGACCAGGUCCUAAAUACGGAAACUUAUUAAGCCCCUUUGUGAUUAGAAUAGAUUUAAAUGCAGAGAUUCGGCGGCCAUAGUCUUUUGUUCCCCAGACAAUGCGAACUUAAACUAAGUAAAAAAUAAAUAUCGAAUAAAACUAGUCUCAAGUAGAGCAGACUGUAUCAAUGUAA